CUGCGGAUCGGCAUGUGCGUCAGCCGCCGCGCGCACAACCAGUGCUCUGCCGCGUCGCGACCCACCAACCCUCCGGUGACAGAUCCUAGGUCACGUGAGCUUCCCCUCAUCGCUUCUAUUUCCAGCCAGGGCUCACGCGACGCAGCAGAUGAGCGCUCGCGCUCCCGUCCGGAAAGGAGACGCAACUGCGCGAGGCUCAAAAUAAACGGCAUAUUCGAGUCGUUACACACAGGGAGGGGAGGGCGCGAGCGAGACGGGUUCGGACCCAACCGGCUGGACUCGCCGAGCGGAACCGAGGUGAGCGACUGCGCGUCUCUCCAAGGUGUCGGGGGGGGGGGCGACUCGAGAGGGGCGUUUCGGACACCUUCGUCUCCAUCCGUUCCCCCCUGCUGGACAUGGACAGCGGGAGGAGGAAGCGACCUGCCGGAGACGAGCCCGCCGGCAGCUGUCGCAGCCCGGAGAAGCUCGCGCUCCACGUGGACCACUGGAGCGUGGAAGACGUUUGCCGCCACCUGCGCCGCCACGGGCUCGAGCGCUGGGAGCAGAAGUUCCGAGAGGAACAGGUUCGAGGACGAGGUCUACAGUACAUCAUCAGUGAGGAUCUGGAGAAGAUGGGGAUCAGCCCCCUGGGAGACCGUCUGGAAGUCCUUCACUGUCUGAGGGGACUAUGGCAGGUCCCGGCCGAAAACAUGAAGGUUUUCAACGACCCCAUCCAUGGGCACAUCGAGUUCCACCCCUUGCUCAUUCACAUCAUUGACACCCCCCAGUUCCAGAGGCUGAGGCACAUCAAGCAGCUGGGCGCAGUCUACUUUGUGUUUCCCGGUGCAGCACACAACCGCUUUGAGCACUCCAUUGGGGUGGGGCACCUGGCAGGGCUGCUGGUUCGAGCUCUGCGUGAACGUCAACCUGAGCUGCAGAUCGACCACAGAGACAUGCUGUGUGUGCAGAUCGCCGGGCUCUGUCACGACCUCGGCCAUGGUCCUUUCUCACACGUGUUUGAAGGAAUGUUUAUGCCAAAAGCACGGCCAGAUUUCAGGUGGAAGCACGAAAUGGCCUCGGUCGAGAUGUUUGACCACUUGAUCAAGGCUAAUGGGUUGGAAACAGUUAUGGAGCAGCAUGGUCUGGUCUUGCCACAGGACCUGGUCUUCAUCAAGGAGCAGAUUGGUGGGGAUCUGGACACACCUCCCUCACUCAGCCAAGAACAGUCAAUGUGCAAUUACCAAGGUCGCCCAAAGGAAAAAUGGUUCCUUUAUGAAAUUGUGGCAAACAAAAGAAACGGCAUUGAUGUCGACAAGUGGGAUUAUUUUGCCAGGGAUUGCUACCACCUGGGCAUCCAGAACAACUUUGACUACCGGCGCUUUCUGAAGUUUGUGCGAGUGUGUGAGGUGGGCGAGACGAAGCUCAUAUGCACCAGAGACAAGGAAGCGGGGAGCCUGUACAACAUGUUUCACAUACGGCACUGCCUGCACCGCAGAGCUUAUCAGCACAAAGUGAACUACAUCAUUGAAGCUAUGAUGAUGGAGGCUCUUCUGAAGGCCAACCCACACAUCCAGAUCCAGGGCUCCAGGGACAAGAUGUUUACCAUCUCCACUGCUGUUGACGACAUGGAGGCCUACACCAAACUCACAGACCACAUCUUUGAGGAAAUCCUCCACUCUUCGUCAGCGGAGCUGCAGGAGUCUCGCACCAUCCUCCAGAACAUUGUGCGCCGCAAGCUGCACAAGUGCGUAGGGGAGACCCAGCCCCUCCAACCUAUGGAGGUCACACAGGAAGAGCUGCUGCGUUUGGCCAACUCUGUAGCCCAGGCCAAACCAAGGACCGGGACUGAUGUCAACCUGCAGGCUGAAGACUUCAUAGUCAGCGUCAUCACUCUGGACUAUGGCAUGAAGGGAAAGAACCCCAUCGACAACAUGCGUUUUUACUCAAAGAAGUACCCCACUGUGGCCUACAAGAUCCUCCGGCACCAGGUGUCACAGUUUCUUCCAGAGAAGUUCACCGAGCAAAUAAUCCGAGUUUACUGCAGGAAGACGGAUGAGAAAAGCAUUGAGGUGGCCAAGAAGUACUUUGUUCAGUGGUGUAUCGAUAACGAUUUUACAAAGCCCCAGGACGUUGACGUUAUUGCCCCAGAACUUUGUGCAAUGAAAGAAAGCUGGACGGAGAAGGAUGGCGAUGAGGAAGCUGAAGGGGGGUUUCGGCAGCACCAGGCAAGAUGAGUCUCCCUGUGCAUCUACCACAGCGAAGGAUGAGAAAUGAUGCACCCAGUGAAAAUACAAAAGUCUAAAAUACGACACUUGGAAAAUGAUUUUGAUGUUAUAAUUCUGCAUGUUGCCUUCUGAUACUAUAUGAAAAGUUUCAUGUUCUGUGCUAUAUUUGGUUCCACAUUACUCUCUGAAUGAACAUAUUCUUCAGUAACCAGGCUGGUCGUUCUCUAACCACAAUAUAUGGAUCCGAUUCACUGUCAGCAACACUAAGCCACUGCAUCCAGGAACUGAUCUUUGUAGAAAAUGCACAUGCAGUGACUCACCACUGCUAAAUGCUUGUCAUGGUCUUGGUGGUCUGGAAGCCCUCCUUAAAGCUUAUUCUACUAGGCUAUGAGGACUAAUCCUGAAUGGGACACCAGUCAGCUGUAGACUAUUAUUAUGUUUUAUUAUUUUAUCUGGCAGUGUGAGAUUUUUACAACAAGCUUCUUAUACUGAGUCACCCAUUUAUAUUGCAUGGUAAUUUUUAGCAUAUUAGUUCAGGGUAAGUAACUUAAUCAAGGGUCCUACAGCUGAAGGUGGGAUUUGAACCUGAUUAUUUUGAAUGUAUGAUAACAGCAUAACCACUACAACAUCUGCUACCCCAAUAUUAUGAAAAUAUACUUCAUAUUUGACUAUAUGUUUGAAUACAUGUAUCAAGAUUGCCAGUGACUUUUUACUUGGACUGAUUAAUAAAAUAGU